AUGUUAGCGCGACAAGGUGCAAAACGACUUCUUGACGCUAAAUCUCAACAAUUAUUCUAUAUUGAUAUUACUUUUGCUGAUCUUAUAACAGUCGCUCCAAUAGUUUAUCGCCCAAUAGAAUUAAUCAUGGCAGAGAAAACCGUCGCAACCCUUCUUAGUAAAACCUUGGAACAAAUCCCUAAAUAUUCUGGUAAACCAGAUCAAGAUGCUGACGAAUGGAUGAAGGAUUUAACUGAUACAUUUCAUAUGACUAAUAUUACAGAAUCACAAGCAUUAAAAAUCAUCUCAACAUUUUUGGAAGGACAUUCUAAACAAUGGUUUAUUGAAAAUAUUACAAUAUUCGAAUUCUGGAAUUACUCUCGACAGCAUUUCAUUAAACCCAUCGAACAACGCCAUGUCAUAAUUCAAAACAUUCAAAAAUCCAAUCCACCAUUAAUUUUUGCCAAUACUCUCGUCAAUGGAUCACGUAUACAUCGUAUGAUAGAUGCUGAAGUCACUCAUUCAUUUAUCACCCAACGUGUAUUGAGCACAUUAUAUCAUUCAACAAUACCAUCAUGUGAUCGUAUUGUUCAAUUAGGUGAUGGCCAAACCAUACUUAAAAUAGUGGGUGAAGUUCAAUUAUUAUUGCAAUUUGAUAAAAUUUUUACACUUUUAAAUGUUCUCGUCGUCAAAACCAUGAAUACUGAUUUUAUACUUGGUAGUGAUUGGUGUACUAGCAAUGCAGCACGAAUCUAUUAUGAAAAAAAAACAAAUGAUGUUCUUAUAUUUUCUCUUAAUUUCAAUGAACAUAAAAAAAAACAUUUAAUUGAAAUUUUAUCAAUAUUAUCUAAAGCUAACUUUCAAGUCAAUCCUGAUAACUGUUCUAUUGCUGUUUACGAAAUCGAUUUUUUAAGCCAUACAAUCAAUAAACAAUUUAUUAAAUCGGAUGGUAUUAAAAUUACAGCUAUUAUUGCUUUCCCAGCUCCAACAACGUUCAAAGAAGCAAAUGAACUUGUCAGCCAAAUUAAUUGGUACCGAAAAUUCAUUCCGAAUUUUGCUCGUAUAGCUGUACCAUUACACGAAGUUACCAACAAAACAAAACAUAGUCGACAUGAAUUUAAAUGGGGACCUGGUCAACAUCAUUCAUUUGAUGAAUUUAAACGUAUUUUAACAACAUAUCCUUUAUUUUUAGAAUAUCCAGAUUUAUUGACUCCAUUUAUUUUAACAAUGAAUGCUAUUAUGUCAGGAAAUAUCUGUCAUGCCAUAAUUGUGUUCUCUCUUUUUCUCUCGGUUUCAUUCUAUCCCGUUUACAAUCAUUCCACUCUUCUUCUCGUAUCUAUUCUAUUUAAGUGA